AUGGUCUUCCGCGUGGUCAGAGCGAGGUUGGAGACUGGCCGUGAACAUGUCUUGCCCAUUGACUAUUACUUUCCACCUCAAAAGACUUGCCUGAUCUGUGGAGAUGAAGCAUCUGGGUGCCACUAUGGAGCCCUCACUUGUGGUAGCUGUAAAGUCUUCUUCAAACGGGCGGCUGAAGGUAAACAGAAGUACCUCUGUGCCAGCCGGAAUGACUGCACCAUCGACAAGUUCAGGAGGAAAAACUGCCCAUCCUGCCGCCUGCGGAAGUGCUACGAAGCUGGGAUGACUCUCGGAGCCCGCAAGCUGAAGAAGCUGGGUAACCUGAAGACACCAGAUGACACGGAGACAGCCAGCUCAUGCAGCCCCACAGAGGAGCAAGCUCCCAAGAUGAUGAUGACGCACAUUGAUGGGUAUGAGUGCCAGCCCAUCUUCCUCAACGUCCUGGAGGCCAUUGAGCCUGGCGUGGUAUGUGCCGGCCAUGACAACAGCCAGCCGGACUCCUUCUCCAACCUGCUGACCAGCCUGAAUGAGCUCGGGGAGAGGCAGCUGGUCUACGUGGUCAAAUGGGCAAAGGCCUUGCCAGGAUUUCGCAACCUGCAUGUGGAUGACCAGAUGUCAAUAAUCCAGUACUCUUGGAUGGGCCUUAUGGUUUUUGCUAUGGGUUGGAGAUCUUUCACCAAUGUCAAUUCCAGGAUGCUUUACUUCGCUCCAGAUUUGGUCUUCAAUGAGUACCGGAUGCACAAAUCCAGAAUGUACAGCCAAUGUGUCAGGAUGCGGCACCUCUCUCAGGAGUUCGGGUGGCUUCAGAUCACACCCCAGGAGUUUCUCUGUAUGAAGGCUCUACUGUUCUUCAGUAUUAUUCCAGUGGAUGGCCUGAAGAACCAGAAGCUCUUUGAUGAACUUCGAAUGAACUACAUUAAGGAACUUGACCGUAUCAUCGCUUGCAAGAGGAAGAACCCUACCUCCUGCUCUCGGCGAUUUUACCAGCUCACCAAGGUCCUGGACUCGGUGCAUCCUAUUGCCAAGGAUCUGCAUCAGUUUACAUUUGACCUUUUAAUUAAGGCACAUAUGGUGAGCGUGGAUUACCCUGAAAUGAUGGCCGAGAUCAUCUCUGUGCAGGUUCCCAAGAUCCUGUCUGGAAAAGUCAAGCCUAUCUACUUCCACGCACAGUGAUCUUCCGGAGGGACCUCCCAAUUCUGCCACCCCCAUUUCAGCCAUCUCCUGCCUGUUACUUCUGCACUACUGUACUGCAGUGCCUUGUGGAAUCCCCUCUACAGAGGUGGUGUGCCAAGAAGACGGACAGUAACAAACGACUACCUGCUGGGAUUCCUGAGAUUUCUAUUUUUCCUGAGGUACCUCUGAACUGAACUACCUGCCACGGCUUCUGCCUAGGUUUGGCUGGCUCGCUGUGCUGGGGCAGGGGACUGUGGCAUGGUGGCAGCGGCACCGUGUCUACACUCUCUCGUUUGUGUGUUUUCCACAGUGACUUUUAGUCGCCCAGGGCCACGGGAGAUAGGGAGAAAUGCCAGCAGUUGUUGGGUUUGGGUUUUUUUAAAAAACAGAACAAGACAAGAAGCAGGUGGAACCUAUAAGUUUGGGUGUGGGUUACUUUACUGGCCUCCUUCGGGACUUUUUAUUUGCAUUAUGGUGCUGGGAAGCAGGUGAGUUAAAAUAUUGCAGUAGAGAAACAGAGAAGAGCUGGGGAGAUGAGAUGAAUUUGCAGCCUGAUGAAUUUACAGGACCUGCUUGCUGGGUCAGAAAGCUGCCGUGCAGCCGUUGUGGGGUCUGCUCCAGACAGCACGCCGCUGCCAUCUGCGGCCCCGCAGCCCUGCCUGCGCAGCAGCGCGGACGAGCAUUCAUAUUAGUUGAUGGAGCAUUACGGGGUUGUCAGCAAAAGGGCUGGAGAGGAAGAUGACCUUCGGAAAUCCCCAAAGAUGGCGGGUAGCUACUCUUUUCCACCUGGGAUGUUUUUCCUACGGCCAGGCAAGCUGGAUCUCGGUCUGCCCCGCAGACACCCAGGCACUCAGCAGUCACAUUCCCAUCCUCGACAGCUGCUGCUCCUCCGACACAGCCGUACCCACCUCCACAAGUGCCUGACGUCCUCAGACCUCACACUCUCCCCUCCUCCCGUGGGCACCCGAAGCCCCCUGCCCAGCCCCUCACCAGCUCUGCUCCUGCCGAGUGUCCGCAGACCCUGGGUUUCCAGCUACGCUACUUAUUUUCCAUUUGUCCCAACUAUUCUUGGGGACAGCAGACGAGCAUCCCGGGAGCAAAGCAGCGGGGCCGGGAUCUGCGGGACCUGCGAGGCCACGGGACUCCUGCUGUUAAUCCUGUCCUUUGGGAGGCGGCUGCGGUAACUGGCUGGUGCUGCCAUGGCGCUUCAGGGGGUUGUAAGGAAACGCCAAAGAGACCGGCCCUUCCGAGCGGUGCGCUCGGCUCCUGCUCAUUGCAGGGGUUGAUUGCAGCCCGGGGUGAUCCUGCCCCCCCGCGCGCCGUCCUACGCGCAGCGUCCACGCGCAGUGUCCCAGGCGCACCGCCUGUCCCCAGCAGCUCCGCGUGGCGUGGUGGUGGCACAGCCUGCGCCCGGGCUGAGGCAGCACGGGCUGCAGCUCCGCCGUGAGGACGGAUAAACGCGCCCUGGCUAACGGGGGUACUCGGUCCACAGCCAGCAAACAGCAAAGGCUGAUCGGUCUGCAGCUGCUGGUGACUCCCAGCAGUCAGGAACACCUGGGAAAAGCAGGUCGUUUUUUCAGGCAUAAGUGUUGGCUUGACUCCGUUUCAUACCCCAAGUUCAGAAGGAAAUGCAGGCCUACCCGACACCCGUAUUCAGAUUUGUUUAUUUAGCGGGCUCUGCUUCCCAUCAAGUGGCCAAGCCUGCGUUCCCCGCGGUAUUUCAGUCCCCCCUUCCCGCACAACCGUGAGCCCACCAAAACCGCCUGGUCAGACCUGGCCGGGGUGUCGGUGAGUGCGGCACGUACAGGCUCUUGCCAGGGCAAUACUUCUCGUCAGGGGCUGCGGCGCAGUCUGGCUUUACUGACACAGACAUCUACAAGGGGUCCUCGUGCCAGCGCAGGCAAGCAGCAAGUCCGUGCCUUGCCGCACGCGGUUCGCUGGCGGGCGGUGGUUUCGCCGCUGUGGCACGGAACGGAGCUUGUGGCGGAGCUGUGCCCGCCCAGAGCACUGGUGUGGUCCUCCGGCACAGGGACGCCACAAGCACGAAGCAAACGCUGGAGUCUGGAGAGGUGAACCUGCUCAGACGAGCGCUUCGCGUCGUGCUGUGUUCCCCCUGCGUAAUACCAGCUACUUGUGUUUGUCAGGCGUCUUUGAAAGUGAAGGGAAUGAGGUUUAGGCCAAUUGAUUGCCGCGCACGUGCCGUGCAGAAAACAGUGCUAAUGCUCUGCUGCUUGGGCCGCUCACGAGCUGAGCAUCACCGUCAGCUCUUCGGGCAAAUGCCCUCAUGGUAUUUUGGGUUCUUUGCAAACUCUCAGCAAGAACAAACGCUUAAUUUUCCUGAUACUUUUCAAUCAUGCUAUGGGAUUUUCAUUAAGGGAAGGGGUAGGGAAAAAACCCAAAACUAUCGAAGGGGAGGAUCUCUCUUUACAGUUAUUUGUAAUGGGCUUUUCUCCCCUGCUAGAUAUGGCUCUGAUCGUGCUCUUCUUCCUGAAACACCUUCAUGUAGGUGGGAACAGAAACCAUAGAUAACCUUCCUGAGUGCCAGCCAACAGGACGGUGUCUCAAUAGCUUUUCCUGUUUUAGAGGGCUGCAAGCAUUUUAAACGUUGAUAUGAUCUACUAAUAUGUGCAAAUGAACCAGUAAAAAAAAUCCUGCUGGUGCAUUCCUCUCUUCUUGAACAUUUUCUGGCUAUUAGCAGAAGAAUACAAUGAAUAACUGGGUCGGUAAUGCCCUGAUCUCUGUCAUCAACAGGAGGAUGUUUAUGAGCAAUCUGAAUAGCCCCUUUGGAGAGCUUUAUAUUUUGCACAAGGUCACGUCAGUAAAGUUUUCAUUAGUUAGUGAGAGCGGGGGUAUCCUGCUGGGUACUUUUCUGCUGGGAGAUUGGGAAGAAAUCAAACUUAAUAAGGAUUUGCAUACACUGAUUUGCUGGUGGAAGCAUAGUGCAAAUGAAAAAUGGUUUAGAAGGGGAUACUGCCUAUGUACCAUCUGCCAGAUGCAUGCAACUCGCGUGUACGCUGCCUCUCCAACCGCGUAUGCUUUAAGAAGGGAGCAGGAGCUCACGUGGAGUAUCCCCCAGCCGACGGGGCAGGGGAGCAGUCCAGCUGCCUUUGUCAACAAGUACCCCAGAGCCCCUCUGCACUCGAGUGGGGCAUUGGGGUGGUGUUCUUGCAUCUCUUCAGCAUCAAAGUAAACUUCUGCAACUUUUUAUUCAAAAGUUGACUUUUUAUGAUGUUAUUAGAGGGAUGGCUGAAGGAUGUGGGAACCAGGAUCACUAGCACCUGUGUGCGUUUUUUGCUGGGGAGAGUUAACACUAUUUCCUUGUUUAUUUUCACGGGCUGCUGCAGGAACUGGGGAAAAAAGAGGCUUAAGAAAUACCAAAGUCCACAUCCUGCCCUAUAUCUUCGUACUUUGUGUUUUCUUCUGCGUUUUCUUGUCUAUUUUUGCUUUAAUAAAGGAAAGAGAAUUUCACCAUCUUCACAAUCAUGUAGAAGGUGUCCCUGAGGCUUCCCUCGGGAUGGCUGAGCCCCUGGAGAGGGGACCCCCUUGGCAUCGCUGACGCGCACAGCCAGGGAGCGGACCACGUCCAAGCCCCCCUUCGGUUUCACUGGCUCUGCUCUGGUUUAUCUAGGAUGUGUGGGCUUUUGUGCUGGCUUAACCUGGGUCACGGCUCAGACCAUCAGCUCCUGCCGAAGGCAGCAGAUGGAAGACAAGGAGCACACACGUUGGCGUCGGCCCAGGAGCAGCAUUUUUGCACGGAAGAGCACAAUUCCAUGAGAGAAUGGGUGUGAGAUGAGGUUGCCUUUAGUUAGCGUAGGAGGAACUCCUCCUCAAUCCUUUGUAAUGCCAGAAGUGAGCCAGAUGACGCGGUGCGGUGGCGUGCCCAGGCAGGCAGCAUUCUGGGCCAGCGACUGCAGACCUUCGCCCACCUUCGCCCAGCAGGCUCCUGCCAGCACCGUCUGCAGUCAGCAGGGCGCUUCGCUUAGCAAGAGUGAGAGCUAGGGUAGCGGCUCUCCGCUUGGGGACACUGCGUGAAUGUUUCUGGAGAGCCUGGCACCAUCUGAACACUGUUCCCACAGAAGUCAAAAGGCCCUUUGUGCUUGGCUUCAGGAAAAAUGGAGUUAAGCCAGAGCAAAGAGCAUCGCACAGUGUGCACAGCAAGGCAAAUACCAGUGAGUCAGCCCUGCGGAGGGAAGGCAGGACACUCACCGCCUUUACCACCAUGUGCUGGUUUCACACUUGUCGCUCUGGCCCGUGCGGUGCUGGUGGGGGUCAUUGCCGUGGUCCGUAGGGGUGCUGAGGUGGUACCCAAGGUGUCACCUGCCUCCCAGGCAGAGGGGCCGGCAGUGCCACUGGGAAGAGCUGGCCUCCCUUGCAGAGCCACCUGCCAACACAGGCUGUCUCUGCAGCUCCCUGCCACGUGCGGCUGUUGCUCCACUUACUGAUCUCUCUCCCUAGAUGUUUCAAUAACAUAUUUUAAACAUAUAUAUAUAUAUAUAUUAAAAAAGGCAUGCCCCAUUUUAUACUGCUGAAGAUAUCUAUUUAAUGUAAUGCUCUAAGAGAGUUUCUUUUCUGAUUGCACACUAUUGCAACUAAAUACUCUUCAGGAGAUGAAUCAGUAUGUGCCAAUAUUAAUGGAAACUUUUAAUUUAAUAAUUUUUUCUGGUUAGGUACCGCCCAGUUUUCAAAGGUCCAUCCUUUCAUGGCAUGAAUGGAGCAUACGCUGGCAUAGUCUGGUGCCAGUAUCUGCUUCUCCAGCUUUCUUGUAGAUGAUUCUGGUUAGACAGGGAUAGUAUUUGCACUUGGGGGACAACGGAGUGUCCUUUAUUUCUGCCCUCCUUGACUGCACGAAGUGUCCUUGCACUUUAGGGCAGAAUCCUGGAAUUACAGAGUCGUAGCUGUUUCCUAACUGUUUCAGAGUAGACUUCUAGAGGCACAGAAAUCCUUUCUUGUACCGUAACGACUGGCCGAGUCGUGCUCUGCACCGUCACGUCCUGGUGCCCGCUCUCAAAUGUCAGAGUACCUGGAAACUGGCAGCUGUGGGAGAUGCCCGUGUGGCAGGGGGACCGGCGGCGGUUA